UCUAUUGCGGCCAGCCAAGAUUGUGCCGCCGACUUGGAGCGAUCAGUACCAAAAUGAGCGACGCGGUGCCUACACGACAAACUGUUCCAGUCAUCUUAAUGCUAAUGGCGCUGCUGGCGCUGCUGGGAGCUGGUGUGGCGGGCGAAGAUGGAGCGUGGAUGGCGCCCUUGCGGCAGCAAUACGGCUGGGAUACAAAUGAACUGAAGAACAAGGUGCAGCAAGGUGAUGUGACCACAUACGAGCUGGGCACGCCCAAUUAUCAGAUCCUCAAUCCGGAAGAUGAGCCGGAGUAUAUUACCGAGGAUCAGCCACACUAUCGUGAGCUGCUCCGGCGAUUGACCAGCUCCGCCAAUGCCACCGAUACCAUCGAAGUGGGCAUGCCCAGUGCCAGUGCCAGUGGGCGUGGCAGUGCCACAGCCAUCGACGACUCCAAGCCGACGGCAACUGGCAAAUGGGAAAAGCUGAAAAAGCGCAGCUUUAACCAACAGCCCCAAGAGAGCGAGCGCCAGGACGCAGUGGAAGCCGUGCCGCUCGACGAGAGGAGCCGCCAUCCCAGGGUACAAGUCUACGCCGGGGCCAAGCCAUUCCAAACACGCAUCGCCAACAUGAGUUAGAUUUCAAUUCGAUUAUUGCUUAAAAAUAAUAUUUAAUUUGUUUUAAGACAAGCUGUUAAAAAAUAUAUAUGAAACUGAGUUGAGUUGAUUUUGAAAUCUAGCU